UUUUGAUUAAAUACGGGGUUAAUAUCAGCUGGAUAUUGAAUUAAGAUGAAACAGUUAUUAUAUUUGUCAUUGAAAUCACCAUGUUCCUAUAGAAGUUCAUUAAAAAUUCAAGAAUCAUGGGUUUAUCGCUUUUUAUUGAAUAAACAAUAUCCGGAUACAUAUGUUAAACCUCCAGGGUUACUUGUAGUUGGACAAUUUUAUCCAACAUAUACAUGUGGAAGACGUGAUAAUAAUAAUAUUUGUGAAUCAGAUAUAAAAUAUCUUGAAACGAAUCCAACAGCAGUUUUUAUAAAAACGCUUCGUGGUGGACAAAUAACAUUUCAUGGUCCAGGACAAAUUGUUGGUUAUCCUAUUCUUGAUCUAAAAGAUUUCAAGAUAACUCCUAAAGAAUAUGUUAAUCGACUUGAAUCCUCUAUUAUUUCGACAUGUGAGACCUUUGGAAUAGCUGCUAUGCGAACAGAACAUAUAGGUGUUUGGACAUCACCAAUACGAAAAGUUGCAUCGAUUGGCAUCCAUCUUCGACGACAUAUUACAUCUCAUGGAAUAGCUUUAAAUGUUUCUACUGAUUUAAGUUAUUUUAAGAAAAUUAUUGCCUGUGGUCUUAAAGGUAAAGAAAUGACAAGCUUUGAACGAGAAGGUGUAUAUGUCCCACUUGAAAUUGUACAAUCCUGUUGGGUUGAAAAAUUGGCAGAUCAGCUAGGGUGUACUAUUAAUCGUAUUAAUUCUGAACAAGUAGAUGACAUUUUAUCAAAUCAAUGAGUAAAUAAAUGAUCAAGAAGCUAUAUCGUUUAAAUAGCACAUUAU